AUGAAAUAAAAAGUUAAGGAAAUUAUCAAAUAUUUGAAAGAAUUCUAAAUCCCUACUAUUUCAAGCGAGUUUGCUCUUAGCGAAGCUGAAAGAGCUAACCUUUACUUUUACUUAACAUCUCAGGAAAUGGAGAGUUAAAAAUAGUAAAUAGAGGAGAAAUUGCCAGAAGAAAUCAAAUUAAAAAAAGUGAAAAUAUAUUAAGUUUAUGAUUCUAUUGAUGCUAUUCAAAAUUUCAAUUCUUUUGAUUUCAAACAAGAAGAAAGAAAUAUUAAGGAAGAUGAGAUCUAAAUAAUAUCUAAUAGAGAUCAGAAUAUCAAAUUUAAUUCUUUGAAUGAAAUCAAAUAAUUUUUGAAACAAUACUAUGAUCAAAAGUAACACUAAAUUUAAAGUGAUGAAAUUUAAUAAAUCGAUCUGAUAACUGAUUAUAUAAAGUCUGAAUAUUUAAUUUCAAGAACCAAAUUUAUUCUUUAUAAAGAAAUCGAAUAGAAUUAUCAAAAAAGAUAUGAUUAUUAUUUAGAUACAUUUUGUAUGUUGAUUAAAUAAAAAAUUUCAUUCUUGAUGUCUAAUUAAAGUACUUAAAAUAUCACAGAGAAACUAAUAAACUCUGUUCCUUAAUUUAGAGUGUCUUUAAUUGAUUUAGUAAAGGAAUUUACUGAAUAAGCACUCUUAAAAUAGAAUGAGAAGAUGUACUCAAUAUAUUUUACUUAAUUACGAGAUUUAGUAUUUAAAUUUUUGAAUGAAGAUCACCCAUUAUAAUUUGAAAGUUUCAGAUUGCUAUUAAGAAUUAAUCAUUCAACAAUUUUAGAAUUUGUUAAAUAGGCAAAUCCCUUGAUUUUUAACAAAAAGAAGCCAGAAAUCAAAGAUUUCAUAUUUGAAGAAACCCAAUAAAAAAUAAAUUAGUUAUCUACAAUGAAUGAUUGCCAAUAACAAUUAACAUUCAUGUUCUAUAUUGGAAUUUGUUAGUAAAAUCAUAAUCGCCAUUGUAAGAUCCUAGCCAAAUUAUUAUAAGACUGUCAAUAAAACUAUCCUCAGCAUCUCGAUGCCAUUUAUGCAAACUUACUGAAAAUAAAAAACAACAGUAACAUGGGCGUUAAAUAGAUUAUUGAAUUUAUAGGUUUGAGUGUAAGCAAUCCUGAUGCAUUGCACUAAAAGUUCUUGGAUUUAUUUGUGGAGUUUGCCUUAGAAUAUCCAAAAUCAGAAGAGUUCGCUUAGGAUAUGUUUAGAGUUUAUUUAUAUCGCUAUUUUAUUCAACAGAUAGAAGGAGAUGCAAAUAUAAUUAAUAAGAUUCUUUAAUAAACCUUUGAUUAAUUGAAAAUAGAUUUCAUGAUCAAGACUAUUGAAAAGGUACCAACAGAGAGACUUAGUCAAAUGAUAUUAAGAAGAUCGAAUUUUGAUUUGUAUCAGUAUAUAUUAAAGGAUGAAAGCAAAGCAUUAGCAGUUUUUAUGAUUAAAUUGUUUUUAUAGAAGGAUUAACAAUAAUUAAAAAGCAAUAAAUAUGAAUUAUUGAAGUUAUUUCAGGAUUAGGUUUGUGAAUAUGAACAUACUAAGGAUAUUUUGAACUUUUUGUUCUAAGAACAGAACAAAUCAUAUAAUGGAUUGAUCACUACAUUUAUUAUGAAUUGCUUAAAGAGAAAGAAAUCUAAUAACAUGUAAGAGGAAAUUAAGUUUAUCUUAUCAAAAAGCUUUUAUUUUGAAGAUGAAAAUAUUAUCAAAAGUGUGGAGUUUUAUAGGUAAAUGUAUCCAGACUAGUAUUAAUAAUUACUUGAUGAUUCAACCAGACUUCGAUUAAGGGACAAAAGAUUAUUAUGAUCAUAAUUAUAAUUUAUUAUAUAUACACAUAUAAUAUAUUCUC